AGCCAGGUGCCUCAGCCGUUCCAGCUCCUGGCCCCGCCCCCUGCCUCGCUUGCGGCCCCGCCCACAGGCCUCGCAGUCUCUGCAGACGUCCUACUUGCGCAUGGAGUCGCCAUUUUGCUCUUAAGAGACGUCGCCUGGAGACCCGGUCCUUUCUUCCUUCAACAGCCGAGGCUGCGACGGGGCCAGGGCUGGGGUCGGGGCCAGGAGGAAUUUUGUUGUCAGAGAAUAAAAGGAGGUUGUCCAUAAUUGACUUUAAGCAGCAAACAGUAAAACACUGAGCUCUUCAGCUCCGCCUUUCUUGCUCUGAGAAUUGGAAAACCAAGAAGGUUUUGAUGUUUUGUGUGGCGCCACCUGAAUUAGAAACCAAGAUGAACAUAACCAAAGGAGGCCUGGUGUUGUUUUCAGCAAAUUCUAAUUCAUCAUGUAUGGAGCUUUCAAAGAAAAUUGCUGAGCGGCUGGGGGUGGAGAUGGGCAAAGUGCAGGUUUACCAGGAACCUAACAGAGAAACAAGAGUACAAAUUCAAGAGUCUGUGAGGGGAAAAGAUGUUUUCAUCAUUCAAACUGUUUCAAAGGACGUGAAUACCACCAUCAUGGAGCUCCUGAUUAUGGUGUAUGCGUGUAAGACCUCUUGUGCCAAAAGCAUUAUUGGUGUGAUUCCCUACUUUCCUUACAGCAAACAGUGCAAGAUGAGAAAAAGAGGCUCAAUUGUUUCUAAAUUGCUGGCUUCAAUGAUGUGCAAAGCUGGUUUAACUCAUCUUAUUACUAUGGAUUUACACCAGAAGGAAAUUCAGGGCUUCUUCAAUAUUCCUGUUGAUAAUUUAAGAGCAUCUCCCUUCUUAUUACAAUAUAUUCAAGAAGAGAUCCCAGAUUACAGGAAUGCUGUAAUUGUGGCCAAAUCUCCAGCCUCAGCCAAGAGGGCACAGUCUUUUGCUGAGCGUCUGCGACUGGGAAUUGCAGUGAUUCAUGGAGAAGCUCAGGAUGCUGAGUCUGACUUGGUGGAUGGACGGCAUUCUCCACCCAUGGUCAGGAGUGUAGCUGCCAUCCACCCUAGCCUGGAGAUCCCCAUGCUGAUUCCUAAAGAAAAGCCUCCAAUCACAGUUGUUGGCGAUGUGGGAGGAAGGAUCGCCAUCAUCGUGGAUGACAUUAUCGAUGAUGUCGACAGCUUUCUUGCUGCAGCAGAGACCCUGAAGGAGAGAGGUGCAUACAAGAUCUUUGUGAUGGCGACUCAUGGCUUGUUAUCCUCAGAUGCUCCUCGACUGAUUGAAGAAUCUGCCAUCGAUGAGGUGGUGGUUACUAAUACAAUUCCACAUGAAAUUCAGAAGCUCCAGUGCCCCAAGAUUAAAACCGUGGAUAUCAGCAUGAUUCUUUCAGAAGCUAUCCGUCGUAUUCACAAUGGGGAGUCUAUGUCCUACCUUUUCAGAAACAUAGGUUUAGAUGACUGAACAGAUUUUCUUUCUUACAACUCCCAAGGGCCAAACUGGAAAUGUGAGAAUGAGUACUGUGAAGGAUCAUGCCUGUUUUGAUGUAUUUCCCUGGGUCCAUUUGUGUUUUGUUCUUUUCUUGUUAAUUCCUCUGAAGAUAGACCAACUUUUUAUGUCGGUUUGGGUGUUUGUGAGUUUUCUGGGCAAUUUUUAUAAAAAACUAUAUUCUCCUCUUAAAUAAAAUAAGGCUUCAUUAUACUAUUUAAAAUAUAACUUGGAAUAAGAUUUUUAAGCUCACAAACAGCCUUUUUCCAAAAUUGUUGGAGCCCAAGUGCUUAAAAAAUUUAAUAAAACAAUCUACUGUAUGAUACUUGCAAUUGAAAACCAAAAUGUUAGAUUGUUGAAUCCAAUAAAUGACAUUUUUAGAAAUGCUUUUAUAGACAAGCAUAUGAAAUAUGUGACCAUUAUUUAUUUUCUGCAACAAAAGAAGGAAUAAAAACUUACUGUGUUUGUGUGUGUGUGUUUAAA